AGAACAUUUCGAGAGAUUAUGUUCCUGCAGUUGGGUCUCUUCCCUCUGCAGAAAUUUGGAGAACAUCCAAAUAUCAUCAAGCUGCUUGAUAUUAUCCGAGCUCAGAAUGACAAGGACAUCUACCUCAUCUUUGAGUCCAUGGAGACAGAUUUACAUGCUGUGAUUAAGAAGGGGAAUUUGCUGAAAGAUAUCCACAAGUGUUACAUUCUCUACCAACUUCUGAAGGCAACUAAAUUCAUCCACUCAGGAAAUGUUAUUCACAGAGAUCAGAAGCCUUCAAAUAUCUUGCUGGAUGCAGACUGCUUUGUUAAACUUUGUGAUUUUGGGCUGGCCCGCUCUUUACAUCAGAUGAAUGAAGACCAAGGCAACCCUGCUCUAACAGAAUAUGUGGCAACACGCUGGUACCGAGCCCCCGAGAUCUUACUUUCCUCUCGGAGUUACACUAAAGGUGUAGACAUGUGGAGCAUUGGCUGUAUUCUGGGAGAGCUGCUACUUGGGAAACCUCUUUUUCCUGGAACAUCAACAGUGAAUCAAAUAGAGCAGAUCUUGAGGGUCAUUCCUGCCCCAUCCCCAGAAGAUAUUUUGGCUAUGCAAUCAGAUUACAGGGCCUCAGUUAUUAACUGCAUUAGUUCACG